ACUUUAUUAAACAGACACGGUCGCGAUAAAGAGUUGUCGCCGUAUGGGGAAAAACUUGAACGCGCAUUUUAUGCACCUUCAGCGUCCCAGGACAUCGAGCUUGGAAUAAAUAAACGACUGAAAUAAACGCGGCCUUUUUGGUUGCGUCUACUUGGAUAAGUGAACUGAAGCUUAUCUACACGGUGUCUGACUUUGAUGGAUGCCGUGAAAUAGGACUGGGAAAGGCUUCAAAUAGCCAAUCCGAAGUUGGCUAAAGUCAGUGUUCAACAGAAACCUACAGAUCCGGUUUCCGUGAACCGUUAUUCUACUUGAGGUUCUGAUAAAGUAACCCAAAAUACAAUGGCAGCAACUGCCCGACGAAUGCCGAUGGGUGUGCGGACAUUCAGUGAGUUUUUGGAGAUUGCUGUAGGCUCUGGGCGGUCACCAUGUCACACCGCGGGGUCAAGAGAACAUAUGAGACAGACUAUCAGACACUUGUCAUCAUGUGGUAUUGUAAUGACUAGGACACCCAGAGUGCUUUGCCACCAGCAGAAUUGGGACACAAUGACAUCAGUUCCCCACAGCAGAACCUUCAUGGGGUUCACAAAUAAGAGGAAGGAGUACUCCGAGCGGAGGAUACUGGGGUACUCUAUGCUGGAGAUGUAUGAUGUGGUAGCCAACGUGGAUGACUACAAACUCUUUGUCCCCUGGUGUAAGAAGUCCCAGACCAUCAUGAAGAGGGCAGGCCACUCCAAAGCUCAGCUAGAGGUGGGAUUCCCACCCAUCGUAGAGCGAUACACAUCCAUGAUCAGCGUGGUGCGACCCCACAUGGUCAAAGCAGUGUGCACAGAUGGAACACUUUUUAACCACCUGGAGACGAUAUGGCGCUUCAGUCCUGGAAUCCCUGGUUAUCCCCGCACCUGCACUGUGGAUGUUUCGAUCUCGUUUGAGUUCCGCUCCUUGCUCCACUCCCAGUUAGCAACUGUGUUUUUUGACGAGGUGGUAAAGAAGAAUGUGUCUGCUUUCGAGCGCCGGGCCGGCACACUCUACGGCCCACAGACUCGCGUCCCACGGGAGUUAAUGUUCCAUGAGGUACACCAAACGUGAGGUCCAUCUGCCAUUGUGUGCCCUUAUCCCAAACCAGCCUGCACCUUCACCCUGGCUGUCCCCUGUAUCACCUGCAUGACACUACACCACCCAGCCUCCACCAACCACCUCCAUUGCCACCCAGGUGCCAUUAGCCUGGUCCCAGAACUGUUUGUGCUGUCUUGCCAACUCCUAUGGUCACACUGGCGUGAGAGACAGCACUUCUGAGAUCUUGGACCAUCUGGGACCAGGCUAAGAUGCCACUAAGUGCAUCCUCACAUCAUAGAGGAAGGACCAAGCAAUCAGUGUGGGCAUAAGCCCAUCUAAACACCCUUCACAACUAGUUGAAAGUCCCAUAUCUUAGCCUGGAUCAUGUCUUGUAAAAAUCUGCCAUCUACCUCUUCACAAGGGUUACUCUUCAGCGCAGGCCCCUUGUUGCAUUGGUGCUUGUGCACAAUUUAAAUAGAAGAAUCCUUCUUCCAAAUCUAGUUGUAAAACAAAAAAGCCACUACACAUAUUGGAAUAGAUUUAAUGUAUUGCUGUGUAAUCGUGAGUGAACAGGACACAAUAUUGAGUCAACCAUUGACAUGGACCAUUUUGAGUCUGUCAUACUUGAGUCUGUUGAUGCUUCAGAUUGUUGAAGAAUGGAUGCAGGUGCACUCCACUUACCUGCCACAUUAAAGUCAUCCAUUCAUGUCAAAUUAAUUUAUCUUAGAAAUAUAUUUUAAAUGUACAGUAUUGCUUAUACCAAGAAGUGCUUUUUUAAAAUGUGUUUGUUUUGAAGUUAUUGAUUAUAAAUAUACACUGAGUAUACAAAACAUUAAGAACACCUACGCUUUCCAUGAGAUAGACUGACCAGGUGAAUCCAGGUGACAGCUAUGAUCCCUUAUUGAUGGAACCUGUUAAAUUCACUUCAAUCAGUGUAGAUGAAGGGGAGGAGACAGGUUAAAGAAGGAUUUUUAAGCCUUGAGACAAUAGAGACAUGGAUUGUGUAUGUGUGUCAUUCAGAGGGUGAAUGGGCAAGACAAAAAAGUGAAGUGCCUUUGAACGGGGUAUGGUAGUAGGUGCACCAGUUGGUGUCAAGAACUGCAACGCUGCUGGGUUUUUCACACUCAAGUUUCCCGUGUGUAUCAAGAAUGGUCCACCAACCCAAGGACAUCCAGCCAACUUGACACAACUGUGGGAAGCAUCGGAGUCAACAUGGGCCAGCAUCCCUGUGGAAUGCUUUUGACAUCUUGUAGAGACCAUGCCCCGACAAAAGCCUUUGACACUUAUAAAAUGCUUGUAAUUAUACUUCAGUAUUCCAUAGUAACAUCUGACAAAAAUAUCUAAAGACAAUGAAG